AAAGGGCAGAUCUUUUCGGGGAGCACCAAACCCUGUUCGGAGCUCCGAUAACAGAGAGAAAGAGGCCCGAUCUUCUUCUCCCGACGGCAGAGCGAAGAGGAAGAGAUCCGACCUUCGUCUUCUUUCGAUAGCUUCAAUGGCUCCCGAACCCGAAGAGUUGAACGAGAAGAACCCUCCUCCCCUGGACGAGGACGAUAUCGCCCUUCUCAAAACCUACGGGCUCUGGCCGUACUCGGCGAGCAUCGAAAAAGCGGAGAAGGAAAUAAAGGAGAUGGCCAAGAAAGUCAUGGACUUAUGCGGAGAAAGAUCUGUAUUUGAACACGGUAAAAUCUGGAAGCAAGCGGUUAACAAAGCAACCAUUAGAUCUUCAUCUACAAAUGCUUCUAAGAGACUGCACUGAGCAAUUAGAUUUAUUUACUUUUGAGCGCUUUCUUUUAGUGGAAUUAGUCCAAGCAUGUUUCCAGCUGCUCUCGGCCGGGUCAGAAGAGUCCAUGAAAAAUAACCAGUAUACUCUUGGUUCUCACGGAACUGUAAGUGUCCUCAUUGUUAGGUUUGUGUAAUCAUUCAAAACUCAGUCAAACGUGCAGAUUUUUUGUACUUGUGCGAUACUUUGCUAAAGAGUGCAACCGUGUGAUGUUACAUAUAUGAAUCAAUGCGUUAUUUUCCCUCAAGGAAAGCAUUA